UUUGUAGGUAUCUUCCACCUUCUUUCUUGGAGGUUGCCAAGAGACACCUUAACAUGGAGGCACCUUCAUGGAAGGAGCUCUCCAACAAAUAGGUGUGGGAGAAGAUAUGGAGAUAACUAGGAAGCUUGGAUGCAACUUCCUCAUGUCUCCAAACCAGCCCUAUAAAUAGAGUGUUCUAUUGUUGUUCAUAUCAUCAGUUUAGAAAGUGAGAAAAGUGUGUGAAGAGUGAAAUACACUUAGAGUAGAAGUGUAUUGGUGAGGAUUGGUUUUUUGUAAUAGUUGAGUGUGAGAGUUUGCUCCUCCUAUUGUAAUUCUGUUCUUGAUAUUGAAUAGAAGAAUUUUCCAAUCCCAUCAAGUGGUAUCAGAGCGAGGUUGAGUUUUCAUACACUGUUUUCUCAUUUUCAGAUAAAUUUCUACAGGUUAGAAAAUCGUGAUUUUUCAAGUUGCUCGGAAUCACGAUCUGAUCAUACCAUUAGAUUCGUCUCGUCGAGACGAGAAAUCUGGUAUUUUUUGGGAAUUUUUUGGCCACCGGAAGAGGCCGUACGCGCCGCCCAAACGCGCCGGAAAACUGCCUGCGUCAUCAUUGCGUCAUCACGCAGUCCAGAGGAAGAAGACGAGCCACGUCAGCCGCCACGGCAGCGCCACGUCAGCCCAAGUAAGCGCCACGUCAUCCGCCACAUCAUCCGUGCAAGCCAUCUCUAGGUGCCACGUCAGCGCCACGUCAGCGCCACGUCAGCGACACGUGGCGCCACGUCAGCGCCAGCGCAGAGCCAGCUGUUGCCACGUCAUCCGCCUGCUGGUCUGCUCACUGGGCUGCUGCCUGAACCGGACCGAACCGGUUCGUACUUGUGGAGGCCGGUUCACCCAUUUUCGGACCGGUUUUGGACAAGGUCAGACCGGUUCCUACCAUUUUCGGCCAUUCCGGAUCCAACGGUGAGCUCCGUUUGUCCAAAUUCGGCUCCGAAAAUAAGGUACGAGAUAUUUUGAGCGUUUUAUUAUGGAUAAAUCAUCAUCGGACACCAUGAUUGCGCUCACUUCCACAAAUUACAAUAUGUGGAAGCCUCGGAUGGAAGAUUUGCUAAAUUUGAGGGAUUUAGCUGAUCCUCUUGAUAAUAAUGGCGUGAAACCGGAUAAAAAGACGGAUGAAGAAUGGACAAAAAUGAAUAGAAAAACUGUCGCACAAAUUCGACAGUGGAUUGAUCAUAGUGUGUUCCACCAUGUUGCGCAAGAACAAAGUGCUUACACACUAUGGGAGAAGCUUGGUAGCAUGUAUCAAGCAAAAACCGCACGAAAUAAGACUUUACUAAUGAGGCGAUUAGUAAACCACAAAUUACGAGGAGGUAUUUCGGUGUCAGAACACACCAGUCAAUUCCAGGAUCUUGUGAAUCAGUUGAGCACCACCGGAUGGGUUCUCAAAGAUGAAGAACAGGCGAUACUACUCUUGAGCUCUCUACCUGACAGCUGGGAGACUCUUGUUGUCACUCUCAGCAAUUCUGCUCCCAAUGGCAAAGUGACUAUGCAGAUGGUCACAGAUGCCCUUAUGAAUGAAGAAGCCCGAAGAAAAGAAGCCGGGACUGAACAAUCAUAUGCCUUCGUGUCAGAAACCAGCAGACGAGGGGGAGGCAGAAAUGGAGGAAGAACUCGAGGUCGAGGUAGAGGCCAAGGUCAAAACAGAGGAAAUUCUCAAGUUCGCGGCAGAUCACAAGAGAGAGGUAUGUCCUUUGAAAACAGUACUUGGUUUGAAGGAUAUUGCAAUUACUGUAGUAAUUAUGGGCACAGAAAAAGAGAUUGUAGAAAGUUUCUACGAGAGCAGCCACAGACGAGUCAAAAUACUAGCCAAGAUGAUGGUGAGACCAUGGUUAGUUUGUCAUCAGACGUGUGUCUUGUUACACAUGGUGAACAAGAAUGUUUACACGUAGGUACUCAUGAUGUUGAGUGGGUGAUUGAUACAGCCGCAUCAUUUCACGCCACUCCACACCAGAAUUUAUUCACAUCUUAUAAGUCCGGGGACUUUGGAGCUGUGAAGAUGGGAAACACCAGUUUCUCGAAGAUUGUUGGCAUUGGUGAUGUGCACAUAACAACCAAUGUCGGAUGCGCACUUGUGUUGAAAGAUGUUCGACAUGUUCCGGAUCUUAGAUUGAAUCUUAUCUCCGGUACAGCUCUGGAUCAGCAAGGAUAUCUUAACCGAUUCAAAGAAGGUACGUGGAAGUUAUCUAAAGGUUCCUUGGUUGUUGCAAGAGGCCAUAUUUGUGGUACUCUUUAUAAAACUCAUGCAAAGUUGUGUCAUCCAAGUCUUAAUGCUGUUGAAGAAGAGAUAUCACCAAACUUGUGGCACCGGAGGCUAGGCCACUUGAGCGUGAAGGGAUUGACAACUCUUGCAAAGAAGGAAGUCAUUUCCAUGGGCAAAGGUGUUGCCCUAGAUCCAUGCGAACACUGUCUAUUCGGGAAACAACACAAGGUUUCCUUCAGUUCUACCAGGAAGAACCAUUCAGAGUUACUCAGUCUUGUACACUCUGAUGUAUGCGGACCCAUUGAAGAGGAGUCACUUGGAGGAAGCAGAUAUUUCGUGACAUUCAUUGAUGAUGCAUCACGAAAGGUAUGGGCUUAUUGUUUGAAGAGUAAGGAUCAAGUGUUUGAUCGCUUCAAAUUAUUUCAUGCGAUGGUAGAAAGAGAAACAGGGAAGAAGCUGAAGUGCCUGCGUUCAGACAAUGGAGGAGAGUACACUUCUCGGGAGUUCUCAGCAUAUUGCGCAGCAUAUGGAAUCAGACAUGAGAAGACGGUUCCACGAACUCCACAGCACAAUGGUGUAGCCGAAAGAAUGAAUCGGACCAUUAUGGAGAAAGUUCGCUGCAUGCUGAGUAUGGCUAAACUACCUAAGCCAUUCUGGGGUGAAGCUUUGCUGACAGCUUGUUAUCUUAUAAACAGGUCACCUUCUGUUCCUUUAAACUUUGAAGUGCCAGAGAAGAAAUGGUCAAGAAGAGAUGUUUCUUACUCUCACUUAAAAGUGUUCGGGUGCAAGGCAUUUGCACAUGUGUCCAAGGAGUUGAGACAGAAGCUGGAUCUCAAGUCAAACCCAUGCAUCUUCAUCGGGUAUGGUGAUGAAGAAUUCGGAUACCGGUUGUGGGAUCCCGAAGUGAAGAAAGUUGUACGAAGCAGAGAUGUUGUAUUUCAUGAAAACGAGUUUCAUGGGUGUGUUCCAAUAAGUUGCCAACAACAUACUCCAGAAGACGAAGUGCAUGUAUCAUCAAACAUUCCUCUCAGCGACGAGGAGAUGCAUGAUACUACUGAACAAGAGAGUGAUGGUUCAGUAGGUGAUGAUGAUACUCACAGUGAUGAUAUUCCUCAGCAGGGGGAGCCUUCAUCUGAAGACGAAGCUGAAGGUAUUCAUGUUCGACGUUCUAUGCGAGGCAUAGUUCCACAGAGAAAGUAUUCCACAUCCGAAUGGAUACUUGUUAGCGAGGGGGAGCCUGCGAGCAUUGCAGGAACGAGAGAAAUAAAGAAAAAGGUGGAGGGGGAGAUUUGUAGGUAUCUUCCACCUUCUUUCUUGGAGGUUGCCAAGAGACACCUUAACAUGGAGGCACCUUCAUGGAAGGAGCUCUCCAACAAAUAGGUGUGGGAGAAGAUAUGGAGAUAACUAGGAAGCUUGGAUGCAACUUCCUCAUGUCUCCAAACCAGCCCUAUAAAUAGAGUGUUCUAUUGUUGUUCAUAUCAUCAGUUUAGAAAGUGAGAAAAGUGUGUGAAGAGUGAAAUACACUUAGAGUAGAAGUGUAUUGGUGAGGAUUGGUUUUUUGUAAUAGUUGAGUGUGAGAGUUUGCUCCUCCUAUUGUAAUUCUGUUCUUGAUAUUGAAUAGAAGAAUUUUCCAAUCCCAUCACUUUUCCCC